AUGUCUCUCACAACUACAACUGCCCCUUUAACAGUAGCAGUUAUUGGUGGUUGUGGAAAUUUAGGCUUUUUGAACCAGCCAUAUGUCCUCACCAGGCCAGGGGAGGACGCGGGCCAGAUAUCCUCACCAGGCCAGGGGAGGACGCGGGCCAGACAUCCUCACCAGCCAGGGGAGGACGCGGGCCAGAUAUCCUCACCAGCCAGGGGAGGAGACGGGCCAGACAUCCUCACCAGCCAGGGGAGGACGCGGGCCAGAUAUCACCUCACCAGCCAGGGAGGACACAGGCCAGACAUCCUCACCCAGCCAGGGAGGACGCCCAGACCAGAUAUCCUCACCAGCCGAAGAGGGGAGGACGCGGGCCGGAAGAAUGUCACUCCCACCAGGCCAGGGAGGACGCGGGCUGUCCUCACCAGCCAGGGGGACGCGGGCCAGAUAUCCUCACCAGCCAGGGGAGGGGACGCGGGCCAGAUGUCACCUCACCAGCCAGGGGAGGACGCGGGCCAGAUAUCCUCACCAGCCAGGGGAGGACACGGGCCAGAACAUCCUCACCAGCCAGGGGAGGACGCGGGCCCAGAUAUCCUCCAGCCAGGGGAGACGCGGGCCAGAUAUCCUCACCAGCCAGGGAGGACGCGGGCCAGAUAUCCUCACCAGCCAGGGGAGGACACUUGGAGCCAGAUAUCCUCACCAGCCAGGGGAGGGACACGGGCCAGACAUCCUCACCAGCCAGGGGAGGACUGGCGGGCCAGAUAUCCUCACCAGCCAGGGGAGGACGCGGGACCCAGAUAUCCUCACCAGCCAGGGAGGACGCAGGCCAGAUGUCCUCACCAGCCAGGGGAGGACACGGGCCAGACAUCCUCACCAGCCAGGGGACACGGGCCAGACAUCCUCACCAGCCAGGGAGGACACGGAGCCAGACAUCCUCUCCAGCCAGGGGAGGACGCCCAGGCCAGAUAUCCUCACCAGGCCAGGGGAGGACGCGGGCCAGACAUCCUCACCAGCCAGGGGAGGACGCGGGCCAGAUAUCCUCACCAGCCAGGGGAGGACACGGGCCAGAUAUCCUCACCAGGCCAGGGGAGGACGCGGGCCAGAUAUCCUCACCAGGCCAGGGGAGGACGCGGGCCAGAUAUCCUCACCAGCCAGGGGAGGACACGGGCCAGACAUCCUCACCAGCCAGGGGAGGACGCGGCCCAGAUAUCAAGCUUAGAUCUAUAG